UCAGUUUAUUCUAACCUGUAACUGUGGCACAUGCUGUAAAUUGUCGAAUAUGGUCCGUCCACGUCAUCCGGCCAUAAAGUACAAGCCUGUCUUCCAGAAACUGGGGAUUUGUCAGACGAUUAUUGGACUUAUUAAUAUGAUUUUGGCAGUUAUCUCAACAAUAUUAUCACCAUAUUGUGCAAUAGCGAUUGGAGUGCUGUACCUAAGCACCGGACUUGUGGCUUCCUCGACUUCUAGAAGUCCCACCAACUGCAAUGUGAUUGGAGGAAUGAUCUUGGCUAUUCUUUCUAUUUUGGCAUCAGGAGGAACAACGGCGCUUUACAUUUGUUUGUUCAUAUUAAUGGGAGGAUCUCCGCCUGCUCCGAGCGCAACUGAGAUUGGACUUCUGGUAAAAAUCGGUGGAUUUACCUUAAAUGCUCUUGAGCUUAUACUUGCUAUCGUGCACUCAGUAUAUUGCUGUAAAGGUGGUUGCAUCUGCUGCAGAAAACAACAGCAUUACAGGCCACAACUGACUACAAAUGUUGCAGUGAUAACCAUACAACAAUCAAGUGCGGAACUACACAAGAUUGACAAGACGAUGUUGUGGCAUUGUCAACUAUAAGAAAUCAUUAGCUUGCUACUAAUUAAAAAAUAAUCAGUGUCAGCCUUUUUUUCUGUUUUCCACAGCUUGCAUUUAAUAUGCAUGGCGUAAUUGAUUGAAAAUUUUACUGGAUAUGCCAAAUGCUUCAUUGAAAUAAACAUAUGUAUCAAAUAUGUCU